AUGGAUUACCUGACCUUUUUCAGCGACACUUGGGUCCACGAGUACGUCGAUUUCGAAAGACCAUAUCCCUCCAGAUGGGCGAUCGUUGAACUCAUAUUCGAACACCCCCACCAACAAAUCGGGCAAUACGAGGAUGAAACACUCGACCCCCCAACCCCGUCCUACUCCCAAGCGACUUUCCUCUGUCGCAGCGUGCGGGAGCCAUCCCGCGAAGCCUUCCUCAGAGUAUACAUGCAAGUUCCGCACCUAGGCACCGAAAAUGCAUCUCAUGCCAUCCGGUCGGCACAGGCAGGUAGUCGCACUCAUGAUGACAUCGAAGCUCUGGCCCUGUUUAGGGACAAGCGCGCAAAGCAUCUCCCGAGAUGUCUGGACGUCAAGGAAACGAAACAAGAUGUUACUGGGCUGGUUCCGGGAGGAUACAUGUCUUAUAUGCUGUGGGAGAAGCUUCCUGGGGUUCGUCUCGAUGAUGAAAUGUUUUGGUCCUUGGAUAGGAAUGAGCGGGAUGGGGUGCGAGAGGCCUUUGAAGCUGCGUACAAGGAGCUUUAUGAUCUUGGUCUGAAGCCCCUACAUUGUGGCCUGGAUCAUCUGCUCUGGGAUCAGAAGAAUUGUACAGUGUUCACUAUGCCAAUGGUUCUGGAUGAUGCUUGGCAUGAGACACUGUUCGCAGUGUGGGAGCUAGCCAUUCCUCCAAAACCUGUCAAAUGGUGGGAGGCGGAUUGGGUACCUAAGGGGAUCGAAGGCUGGAAACUUUGA